UCGAGCCCACCACGUAGCAGCACACCAACAACUGUGAUACUUUGGACACGAGUCUGAUAGCAUACAUGCAAUAAUUAUUUUUGCGUUUCAUGCUAAAUACAACACAUGCUCUGUGUGCUUGAACUCCGUACGUGAGAAAAUUUUAUAUGAAAUGAUGGAUCAACAAAAUUCAGGAAUAUUUGGUUCUUUUGGCACAGUGGAUCCGAGGUUAAAUGUUUCAGUACCGUCAGGAGCUGGUGCAUCAAUAUCUCCAUAUCUAAAUGUUGACCCCUACUACUUGAACCAGGGUGGGCCUCAGUUCAUCGUUCCCACGGGUCAGGCCCGUGCUAGAGGAAGAUUUGAAUUGGCGUUUUCGCAAAUUGGAAGUUCAGUUAUGGCAGGUGCUGUGUACGGUGCGCUAAACGGUGUUAGGAUAUCGACCAAAGAAACACGGGAGUUGAGCGGUAAAGUCAGAGUCUCACAGAUGCUGAACUUGGUAACUAAGCAAGGGGCUUCUUCUGCUAACGUUGUAGGCGUGAUCGCGCUUAUGUACAGUAUUCUUGGUCUGGGGUUAUCGUGGGGUCGCGGAACGGAAGACGAGUUGAAUACCCUCGGAGCUGCCACGGCAACGGGACUUCUUUACAAGUCGUCAGCCGGGUUGAAGACGAUGGCAAAGGGAGGAGCAGCUGGUCUAGGGAUAGCAACGAUUUGGUGUUUGUGGCAGAAUAAAGACAGACUGAAAUCGUGGAAUGUUCAAAGCUUAUAAAGACAAUUCAUUGUUAUCGGAUGGACACUGGAAACAGGUGUUUUUUAUCAAAACAGUUAUUGAAAGGAGGUAGACUCUCAGCAGAAUUAAGGAGUCCUCGCCAUCUUGAAGGGAUUGCAAUCUAUUUCAGAAGAAUAAGAAGAGUUAUUGGUUGAAUCUAGUUUUGUCAACGGAGUCACUUCACCCUCAAGUCUGUAUCACCUGGCGAUGAAAGGGACGCGGAUCAAUGGCGUCAAUAUUAAGAAUCUCUGUAAAUGUUUGGAUUGUCCAGAAAGGGACUCAUUGAUUUUGACGAGUGUGAAACCUUUAUUAUUGUCCUCUAAACUGAGUAGGUAUUUAAAGUGGUGGUACUUAAAAAGGAAAUAACCUUAAUCUGACAAGGGGAAGUCGAUCGAGAUGUCAAGGCAUCUCUGAUGUCAAGACGUCUUUGGGACACCCGGUUUGAAAUUUCACUCUACAUGUACUUUCCCCAUACUGUAUAAGUACUGUAAGUUUUACUCUUAAAUGCAGUGGACACUUUUGGUAAUUACUCAAAAUAUUUAUUGGCAUAAAACCUUACUUGGUAACGAGUAAU